AUGGGCGCGGGGCCAGCGGCCGGGUUCUGGCCGCCUAACAAACUUGUUCUCAAUGUGUGUUUUCUCAACGGAGGCGAAUAUGAACAGAGUACGGUCAAAUCCUUGGUCAGAAUGCAUUAUAACUCUAUCCCCAUGCGCCUCCGCUUCAAGUUCCUAUCAGAAUGGGACACAAGCCCUUCCGACAUUCGUAUUCUAUUCACAGACCAUUCCAAAGCCUAUAUCGGACGUCAAGCCGAGGCCUACCCAGGCCAGCCUACCAUGUGGCUCAAUAUGCACCCUAGAUUGCACACGCAGGACGCCGCUCGGGACAAGGUGCAAGCCGACGUUCUCCACGAGUUCGGGCACGCAUUGGGCCUGGUACACGAGCAUAAGCACCCGCAGUGCAAGGCCAAGUGGAACUACGGCCAGCUUAUGGACAGGAAUCGAUGGGAUUUGGACUUGGUGCGCCGCAACUACGACGAUGAUACGUCUAGCGCCAUCAAUGCCAGGUGGGACCGGGCGUACGAUUCAAAGUCGAUUAUGCACUACGCUAUCGCGAGGGGAGACACGCAGAGCGGGCUGAGGGAAGUCCCUGAGAAUAUUGUGCUCUCUGACGGCGACAAGGAGACGUUAGCGCUGAUCUACCCAUCGGUUGCUGUUGUGAAGCAACACUCCACAGUGCCUAAAGAGCCCACGAAGGGCCAUGUGAAGGAGAAAAGGGAGAAGAAGAUACGUCCUGAGAAGCUGAAGCCCUAUCAGAAAUCGUAUGUCAGCGGGAACAACUCUGCCGUGGUUUGCGGAGGCUACGUAAAGGUAAGUGGUAACGCGAGUGCGACAAUCCAUGGCGGCGGCGAGGUUGUCGUCUCCGGCAAUAGCAAGACGGUCGUCUAUGGUGAUAGCACGGUCCGGGCCAGCGAAAAUGCCUAUGUUUAUGUCAACGGCGGUGGCUCUGCAAGGGUGAGUGGGAACGCCGCGGUCGAAUUCACAGGCACAGCCACAGGAGAUGUCACUGAGAACGGUUCUAUUCGUUGGAACGUCUGA